AUGGCCGCCGAGGGGGAUGUGGAGCUGGAGCUGGAGAAUGAGGAGAACUGCAGCGAACGGCCGGCCGAUAAACCUCGGAAACAUGACAGCGGGGCGGCCGACCUGGAGAGGGUGACCGACUAUGCGGAGGAGAAGGAGAUCCAGAGCUCCAACCUGGAAACGGCUAUGUCAGUGAUCGGAGACAGACGAUCCAGAGAACAAAAAGCCAAGCAAGAAAGAGAAAAGGAACUUGCCAAAGUCACAAUCAAGAAGGAAGAUGUGGAGCUUAUUAUGAAUGAAAUGGAAAUUCCACGAUCAGCAGCUGAACGGAGUUUGAGGGAACACAUGGGAAAUGUAGUAGAAGCUCUCAUCGCUCUAACCAACUGA